AAUACGGAAAGUCGGUAGGUUUUCAGUUAGAGCCUUUUGGGGUUUUCGGCAGUGCUUUUGUUAUAGGUCAGGGCAGUCUACUCAACCAUGUGUCAAGAGUGGCAAAUUAUCAAACUUCCUGUAAUUUCCACUGUCAAGUGUAACCAUUCUAUUGGAUUUCUUCCUUGGCUUGCUUCCUUUUUUCAAUUAAAGCAAAUUGAAGGAAGUGUCCUGGCAAGUGCGUAUUUUGUUCUUCCUUUAAGCCGCUAUCGAGUUAAGGGCCUUUCUGACGUUUUGCCAACUUAAAAAAGGGGAAAAUAAAGCUUACUCUCCCCCCACCUCUCCACGCAAUAUUUUGACGCUUUCCGAGCUACUUCUAGGGAACAACAAACACCCCAACUUUGAAUGAAGAGGAGGGGGGAGGGGUGUGGAUUGUUUUGUUCUCUGAAGAGAGAAGUUUCAGCAAUUUGCAAUUGUUCGCCGAUUGUGGCCACCAUGUUGCAAGUAUCCAUCUAAUGCGGUGAAGAAUUAGGACCCAACCUCUAUGAUAUGUGCAUGCAGCUUUGACUGUCUAGUACACCGACCUCUGCGCCAUACACACACCUUUUAGAGAAUAGCGUUGAAAGUCAUUUAGUUAAAAAGAUCAGCAACAUUUUUUACAAGUCGUGAUUUUCUUUGAAAAGUAGGGUCCACUUAAGCGCUAAUGUCGUAUGAAAAAAUUUCUACAACCAGUAAAAUCGGAUUAUCUCAUAUAAGUGCCGUACAGUAGCUGUAAUUCUUCUCAAAGUUUCGUAGCCAUCGCGUUAAAAUCGAAAAAUCGUUAUGAGAAAACGUUGGUCAUAAAUCAACGUACGUAUAUUAAAUAACGAACUUCCCUUAAAAAGUAAAUUGUCACUUCAUCUUAUUAUUUUUCACUUUAUCGCGAUUAUUCCAACUCGCUUACUUUUUCACUGAAAUGUAGGCCAACAUUCCUGAAGUUGAAGUUGUGCAGCGACCCCCCGCGACAAAGUAAUGUCAAGUGUUUAGAUUACCAAAAAGGAAAUCAAAGUGAAAAUUAACGCUGGAAUGUAAGCAUAGCGAAAUUUUACAUUUUUUGCAGGGUUCAUUGCGUGAUUUCAUAAGACAAAGAGGAAUACUUGAUGAACAGUUAACAAGGGAGUUCACUCAGCAAAUACUUGAGGGGGUGGAUUAUCUACACUCCAAUGACAUAAUUCACCGGGACAUUAAAGGUAAAAUCAGUUUGUCUUAGGCAGCUCAUAGAACUUCUAUUUUCUCUUUAGAAAUCGUCGGGCGCGCGUAUGAAAAUAUAAACCCAAGGUCAUCGGUUCUACUCCUAAUGAAUACUACUCCUUUUUUUCUGAGCCGCCUGUGUCGCUGACUGAAAAAUCAUCUUUCUUAUGUAUUCACCAGGCCCCGGUUUUUCAAACUUUGGAUACUAUUAUCCACCGGAUAAAUCACUACCCAGCGGAUAAGUAUUAGGGAAAACAAUUGAGUUAUCCAGUGGAUAGGGAUUUAUCCCAUGGAUAGUGUUAUCCACCCUUUAAAGCGACUGGGGCCUGGUUCAAGUUUCACCAUCACAUCUCUGUCAUUGCGCAUAGGUACUGAUAAAAAGCAGCCCGUGUCACUGACUGAAAAAUCAUCUUUCUCAAAGAUCGUAUUAAUCAUGAUGUUUGUGUGGUGGGGUUUGUUAAUCGUUGAUCUCACGAUAGUCUCUGUGUUAUUUAUCACCGUGUUUCGUUAGUUUAAGGAGAUGGUCACAACUGGCUGUGCGGGGCGGUUAGAAAGACCGUGGUUUUUGGUGAUUGGUGCGUUUAGUUCCUGUGCUAAGAAUUUUUUGCCCAUCGGCCCACCGUAACUUUCUUCUCAGUGUCAUCUUUAUUUUUGCUAGGACCGAAUGUACUUUUGGACAGCGACAGAUCUGUGAAACUGGCUGAUUUUGGUGUCUCAAGAACAAUUCAGGUGUAAUAAUAAUAACUGAGAAGGUGUAUACAUUAUAACAUUAUCAAAACGUUUCCUCAUAUGCUGUGGAGACAGUUCAGGUUUAAUUUCUUGUUAUUAUAAAUUGCUUUGAAUACCAUUUUCCGUAAGUCUUUGGUUGAUAAAUAUCAAAAGUCUUAUUCCACGAUUUUUUUUCACCAGAAAACGCUUUAUUGUGGAUGACUCUUCGUGACAAGUGACGAUUUUAUGUUAACCAUCCUUUAGGCGUACGCUUUGAAUGUGGCACUAAAAUUAAUGCAGCUUGUGAAAAUAACGAAAUAGUAACUAAAUAAAUCAUCAUCAUCAUCACAAAGUACCUCCAUUGUGUUCUUGACUCAAAGAGCGCUUCCCCCUCAAAAUAUAAUGUACGUUUAAAUUUAUCACAUAAAGCCAAUGAUACACUCACCAAGUUACAGAAUAUAUAAAAAGACGUCAAGCUGAUAGUAACCAUUUCAGGCAUAUUUUGUCAGUUUCCAAAGUUUAAAUAAGAAUUUUUUUUACAACGGUUGAGCCUUCUUUUGUGAGACAUUUGUGAGCCCGAGAA